CAACAUUGGCAGGAAAGCAAAAGAGUGAUGCUCGGGAAAUGCAGAGUUUUUAUCGAGAUUACUACAAAAAAUACAUUCAAGCUUUGCAGAAUGCUGUUGAUAAAGCAGAUCGGGCGCAACUGACCAAAGCAUACCAAACUGCUGCUGUUUUAUUUGAGGUUUUGAAGGCUGUCAAUCAGACGGAAGCUGUUGAAGUAGCUGAGGAGAUUUUGGAAGCUCACACCAAGGUUGAAGAAAAACAGCAGAUAUAUGUACCUUACAAUAUUCUUCCUCUUGACCCUGAUAGUCAAAAUCAGGCAAUCAUGAGAUUUCCCGAGAUUCAUGCUACUGUUUCAGCACUCCGUAACACUAGGGGCCUACCAUGGCCGAAGGACCACAAGAAGAAAGUAGAUGAAGACAUUCUAGACUGGCUCCAGGCUAUGUUUGGUUUCCAGAAGGAUAAUGUGGCAAAUCAAAGGGAACACUUGAUUCUGUUGGUUGCUAAUGUUCACAUACGACAAUUACCAAAGCCUGAUCAACAGCCCAAGUUGGACGAUCGUGCUUUAACAGACGUAAUGAAGAAACUUUUCAAAAAUUACAAGAAAUGGUGUAAAUACUUGGAUCGCAAAAGUAGCCUUUG